CUCCUGCGCGCAGUCUGGUACUUUAUGUGUGUGGAGUGAGGAGUUGCCGCUUGAGGUGGCAUUUAACAACACUGUGUUGAUUUUUGCCAGUUUCAAACACGGAUUUAUCUUUAUUUAGCUGGUAAUGUCUGCACCAAAGAAAGGAGAUCUGUCCGACACUGAAAAGGAGUUAUUCGUGGUUAUUGCUGCAGGUAAUGUACAGGAAGCAUCACGGUUGCUUGGCUCCAGAGAUGUCAGGGUCAACUGCCUGGACGAGUAUGGUAUGACACCCCUCAUGCAUGCUGCAUAUAAGGGCAAAGCGGACAUGUGUAAGCUGCUAUUGCAGCAUGGAGCAGAUGUCAACUGCAAUGAGCAUGAACAUGGCUACACUGCUCUCAUGUUUGCCGGUCUCUCAGGCAAGACAGAUAUCACCUGGAUGAUGUUGGAUGCUGGAGCAGAAACAGAUGUGGUGAACUCAGUGGGCAGAACAGCAGCACAAAUGGCUGCUUUUGUGGGACAGCAUGACUGUGUCACCGUUAUCAAUAAUUUUUUCUCCCGGAAGAGGCUUGACUACUAUACAAAACCCCAGGGCUUAGAAAAGGAGCCAAAACUGCCUCCUAAGUUGGCAGGACCAUUACAUAAAAUCAUCAUGAGCACCAAUCUUAACCCUGUCAAGAUGGUGAUGCUGGUCCAGGAGAACCCGCUGCUUGUAGAUGCAGAGGCUCUAGAUAAGUGUCGAAAGGUGAUGGAGCUGAUCUGUGAGAAGUGUGUGAAGCAGCAGGACAUGAAUGAGGUGCUGGCCAUGAAGAUGCAUUACAUCAGCUGUGUGCUGCAGAAAUGUAGCUCCUUCAUCAAAGGCCGCGAGGAUAAAUUGGAUGGCCUUACCAAGAGCCUUCUAAAAGGUAGAGAGACUGAUGGCUUCCCAGUGUUCCAGGAGAAAUUUAUUCGGGAAUGCAUCCGGAAAUUUCCUUACUGCGAUGCCACUUUGCUUCAGCAGCUUGUCAGAAGUAUAGCUCCUGUGGACAUAGGUAAUGACCCCACAGCUUUGUCAGUGCUUACCCAGGCCAUCACAGGGCAGGUGGGCUUCAUGGAUGCAGAAUUCUGCACCACCUGUGGGGAGAAGGGAGCAGAGAAGAAGUGCUCCAUCUGCAAAAUGGUGAUCUAUUGUAACCAAGACUGCCAGAAGCUUCACUGGUUUACCCAUAAGAAGGUCUGCAAGAAACUGCAGGAGCAGAGGCAGAAGCAUGAGGCUGAAUCAGCCAAGCGACUAGAGAGACAGGCCAAAGAAGCUGAAGAGAAUAAAGCAUUGGAAGAGACGACCAACACCAUGGAAAAUCUCUCUGUCGAGAAGGACGAAGUUACCAGCACGUCAGAUAUCCAAAUAGAGACUGUUAGCUCAGAGCCCAUUCCAGUUAAUGCAGAGUGAUCAUACAGAGACACAUUAUCCCAGCUUCUUUCCCAUCAUCAUCAUCAUUAUCAAAGACCUGCCUCUCUUCAUCAUCCAGUAUCUGAGGUGACCUUCAGAAUGUUUGUCAGAGAAGGGCUUCAUGGAGUUUGAGAUCAAGCAGAAAAGUCAACAAAGCUUUGUGCCACAGAGGCAUAUUGUGAAGGGUUUCCGUCCACUUAUAACACAUUGUACUGUAUUGUUUUGUUCUUUUUAAGUUUUGUAUGUGAUGUGUAUGGAAACAUAGAUUUAGUAUGGAGGGAAUAUAUUUAUGAUAGUAGGUUUAUGUAAAGUUGGUUUGUAAUAUAUUACUUAAAGACACCGAAGCCAAUGCCUUAAAACAUGGUCAGGUUAAUAGUGGAAGAGGAUUAAAAAAAAAGGUCUAAGUUAUAUAGUGACUUCUAUAGUGACACAUUACUUUACACAGUAAUAUUCCAUCUCAGUUGCAGUAAUGCAGAUGGAACCUCAAGAAACAUUUUUUCAUUAGGUUACUUCAAAAGUUGUGCAUUUUAAAUAGUGCGAUUAUACACCAAAUUUGCGGUCAUAUUAAAGGUAGUGAAUGAGCUUUACAGUGCUCAGUAGACUAACGAGAAGGAAAGUAACAAAAAUGCACGGCAGUGUUUUAACAUUUAUUACAGCGUGCCUGUGAGAUGCAGGACAUUUAACACUGUUAUCUGAAUUUGACAGUAAGGAUGAUGGCUGCAGUUGGGCUCCACUCCUUCAAGGGGCUCUGUUGAGUUGUUCUCAUAUAGCACCAGUCCAAAAUAGAGAACUGCAUGAUGAAUCUGCACUCAGAGUCAGCUAUCGCGUCAGAUGGGUAACUGAAAAUGCCAAACAGUACCACAUUACACCUUUCAUAUUUUGGGCAGUUUAAACUUCAUUCCUUUCGGUUUACUCACAUCGUACAGGUCUUUCUGGAGCCAUGUGGAUAUUCAAUCAGUGGCAUAUGACUUAUUAAUUAUAUAAAGAAGUGGUCCUUCCGACUUGAAAGCCAAUUUAUCUCAUCUUGCAUUGUCAACAUGGACACAAGCACAGUGAAACACCUGGCUUGUCUUAAGUUCAGCACUGAUUUGAUCUGUAUGUAAUACAGUGUGAGUUAGUAUGAGACAAAUGGAAGCCUGUAAAAUGUGUCAGUUAUAAUGCAAAGCAUUAUUUUUGGCCAGAGGACAUCAUUUGUUCAUGUCAUUUUUAGUCAAAACAGCCAUUUAGUUAAAUUUACCAGCGUCAGAAAAAAAGGAAACAUUAAAAAGAAAAUGACACAGAUGGCGUCACAGCUAAAUUGAAAAUGUCAGUAUUUAGUGAGACCACGCUUUUCAAUCUUUUUGGAAAACUUUAUUUUCAGUUUUUCAAAGACAUCUGCAUGGAUAUUUUUCCACAUCUUCCACAAGUUCAAUCUUAGAAUUUGGUUGAAUUUUCUGUCUCACAACCCAAGUAAUUCGAAACACAUUCAGUGAUGUUGAGGUCAGGACUCUGGUGGUCAGUCCAUUGUUUUGAGAACACCAGCUGCUUCUUUGGUCUGCAAUUUUUUUCUCUUUUGUUAUUCCUGACAGCCACACAUUCUUUCAUACUCAUAGCAUUGAGUUGUUUUCUAACAGUGGAAGAAUGGACAGAAACACCUGUGGAUUUUUCAGAUCUAAAGCAAGCUUGAUUUUCUCCUCUCUCUGAAAGAUAAAAGCUUUUAGUACUGUUUAUCUAAUAAUGAUGGUUUAGGUGGUCUGCCAGGCAUUGCAUCUGUACUUAACAUGUACUCAAUGGCUGUUUUGACAGGAAAAUGUGUAAAGCUAUUUAUCUGGGUUGUAUUUAUUAAAAGAGGUAACAUUAGAAUUAAACAAACAGUAGGUUGUGAUUUAUAAGUGUGAGUGUUUAUGGGACUAUUUCUGAAACUCACCAGUUUCAGUAUGUAGCAUUUACAAUUACCAUCCAGUACAUGCUUCAGCUAAUUAAUACUACAUUAAAUUAAAUCAGGUGUGCUGCUGAUGAAAUUUUGUGGAAUUUAGCAAAUCCACAAAAUGAGUGAUGCAGCGAGAAGUCAGGUAGCAAAUCUGUGCUCUUGUUAACACAUUCUUCUUACCAAGAUAUUAAUAAUAACUUCAAAAACAAUAAAAUCUUCUUUUUUACUGUUUA